AUGGCGACACUUCAAGGCGAUGACAGAGAAGACGACAACCAAGUCCGCCUCCAGAGACUACGGGAGUUGCAGCUUGUGAUCGACAGCGCUAAACGCCCGCCCUACUCACACAGUGUGCCAGCUUGUCAGACAUCCUAUCCUCCAUCUUACUAUCGCUAUCCUCCACAGGACACUAGCUUGCACAGGCUAACCCUAGACAACCCUGCUGGCAGCUAUCGGUCGACACCAUUGCACUGCCCCUCUCGCAACACUACUGCAGCCGACGAAGAGCUCCCACAGCAGCCAGUGUUACCGUGUAGCUCCCCUUCGCGCCAGCCAAGCCUUCCGCCUCAGACUGGAGAGUCACGUGCACAAGACCAAGCCAUGCUUACCCCGCCAAUCCUCCAGGCCUCGGCGCAAGAAUCUAUGGAUGAUGGAUGGAUUUCCAAUCCCAAUUCUGCACCUCAUACUCCUCAACGGCAGGAUGGCUAUCUACCACGGUCUGCGUCACAGCUUAUUAUACCUCAGGCUCAGCCGGUACAGCCCGUCAGCCAUCCACCCCCUCCUCAACCAAGUAAUCCCUCUCCUCCGCCUGUUCAGCAUUCGCUACCUCCUCCAACGCAGUACCGGUCCUAUCCUCAGUACCCUGUCUAUCCUCCUGCAUUUUAUUCAUCCAGGGUGUACUACCCCUAUCAUCCAUCACUCCCACCAGCUGGGCACAUGCCUAUGAUGCCAUCGCUAACACCCUAUGGACAACCCGUCCCACCACCGGGGCCACCACCGGGGCUACCAGCUCCCGGCAUCCUGUAA